AUGUUGACCCAGUCAGCAUGUGCACUUCCCGCUCACCAGCGCCAUCUCACAGAGAAGGAAAAUCAACGCGUUACCAAGAAGGUGGAUGCUAUACGCCGCAAGGUGGAGAAAGUGAAGAAGGCUGAGAAGGCAGAGCGUCGUGCAUGGCUUCACCAGCAAGAAGCGAAUGGGGAAGAAGUCAACGAAGACGAAAUUGAACAGUCCGAUGUGGAUGACGUUGAAGACUACAUGUUCACGGACUGCACUGUGACCACAAAGCUCUCUGCCAAGAAGGAUCUUCCUUAUCGUGCAGACAGACUCCCUCUUGCUGCUACCACCAACAAGGGGUGCAGGAACACAGAUGAGACUCCCCCACUGGUUGUGCCCAGCGGCGAUGAUCGCGAUGAUGAUGAUGAGCCCGUUGUCAUACGUCGCCAUGUCCCGAAGGCAAAUGUCACUCGCAUUAUGAUCGAGGACAACGUGGAUGCUGUCACCAUCACACUGUCCGCUUUCAAGAAGUGCAGACGUGAUGAUGAUAAUGACAAUGGCAGCGAUGGCAAGCGUGAUGGCCCCAUGCAGCCUAAGUAUCAGAAGGGCUCCGAUAGAUCAAGCCACCCGAGGGCAAAGGACUUUGAUGAUGCCACUCAGGAGGUCCUCACAAUCGCGAUUGCGAUCUUUCGGUGCAUGGUUAGCAUGAAGGCUUCCUUCCCGGACACCAGUACAUUCGAGAUUGAGAUGGUGCAGCAAGCCUGGAAGAAGGCUUGCGAGCAGACAGGCCUCAAUGUUAUAGUGAUGACCACGUUAAUCAAAAUGAUCACGAAGCGCACAUCUCACGUUCGCGGUGAGUUGAAGACGAAGGUCUGUGGCAUUAUCCAGUCAUUCUACGACUUCCGAAGUGGCAAGAACAAGAGCACUAUCUCGCGCAACUGCCAGCACACUGAGGACCUCAAGGAUGGAUAUUCUUUUGUAUAUGAGGAUUCGGCCACGAAGAAGGGCCUCUACAAGUCGGAGAUCAUCCAGAUGGUGAUCAACGACAUGUGGUUUGCCAACAAGCAUGAUGAGGGUGUGCGCUAUCACGGGUACUUCAACCCAAUGCCCGUGGUGACUAUUGCAUUGGUCCUCACUGCAGUGGAGUGCGGCAUCGAUGAAUGGGCCGCGGGUAUCAAAGAAGAUGUCCCGUUCACUGCCGCCAGCUAUAAGGAAGUUUAUCAAGCCCACCUUCAUUGCCUACAUGACUUUGAGAAGCAUACCAUCAAUUAUGGCAUCCUUCGCAAGCGGUGCAACUUAUGGCAUGGCAAUGCACGCUUCCAUUCUGGUGCCGAGCUGAUCAGCAAAACGACAGUGCCUGCACUCGAUGUGUCUGCAUUUGAGGCUGCUAUUCGCGAGUGGGAGGAAUCCGAGACUGACGACAGUGACAACGAGGCGGUAUCUGGCAUGGAAGGUGCUUGA